AAAGUCUCACUUACAUACAUAUAUAUUAUUACACUAUCCUAUUUUCCUCCCCAGCCCUCCUUAAAAAAGAAAACAGUUAAUCCAUCUAAAAACUAGGAGUGAUCAUUCUUCUUCACCAUUUAUUCCCACAACAACUUCACCUACAAGAACUAACUCCCCCACCUCCAUCCAUCCGAAUUCAUGCACCUAUGUUUUUCCUCUGUUUUGGGAGUACUCUAAUCUUGGCAUUCAUGGCCUCCUGCGUGAACGAGCAGGCCCCCAGUUUCAAGCACUACUGCAGGGUCUGCAAGAAGGGUUUCAUGUGCGGGAGAGCCCUCGGCGGCCACAUGCGGGCCCACGGCAUCGGCGACGACAACGGCAACCUCGACGACGACGACAACGCCAGCGAUUGGGAGGAGAAGUUCGGCAACAACAGCAACACCAGCAGCAAGCGGAUGUACCAGCUGAGGACUAACCCUAACCGCCUCAAGAGCUGCCGCACUUGCGAGAAUUGCGGCAAGGAAUUCCUCUCGUGGAAGUCGUUCCUCGAGCACGGCAACGGGAAGUGCGCCUCCGACGACGCCGCGUCGGAGUCGCUCGUCGUCUCCUCCGAGGACGGAGACGACGACGUCGUUGGGGGAGGGGGCAGGCGUUGGUCGAAGCGCAAGAGAUCCCUGCGCUCGGCCUACGCCACCACGAGCGAGGAGGACGACCUCCUCCUCGCCACGUGCCUCAUGCAGCUCGCCAACACCACGGUCGAGCUGGAGCCGGAGGAGUCGUGCGCCUCCGCCAGCAAGGAGGAGGGGCGGUACCACAACGCGGGCCCCGCCCCCGCCCCCGCCCCCGCCCCGCUCAAGAGCCGGGCCAAGGGGGGUCUCUUCGAGUGCAAGGCGUGCAAGAAGGUGUUUAACUCCCACCAAGCGCUCGGCGGCCACCGCGCCAGCCACAAGAAGGUCAAGGGCUGCUUCGCCGCCAAGCAAGACGAGGCCGACGACGUCGCUCCGGCGGCGAUCGAGAAGGAACCCCUCGACCAGGAUUUCUUCCCCUCCUCCAAACCCUCGUUCCAAUUCGAGCCCCCCCUGGUGGGCGCCGCCAGGAGGAAGUCGAAGGUUCACGAAUGUUCCAUCUGCCACCGCGUCUUCAACUCCGGCCAGGCCCUCGGCGGCCACAAGCGCUGCCAUUGGAUCAUCUCCAACUCGCCGGAGACCUCCUCCUUGCCGAAGUUCCACUUUCAAGAUCAUCAUCAUCAUCAUCAUCCUCGGACUAACAACGCUGACGUGUCGGACAAGCUGGACCUCAACGUGCCCGCGUGGGCCCACAUGUCCGGGGUGAGGCGGGACCCGCGCAACCCGUUGAGCUUCGACGUGUCAACGGACAUGCAGCUCCAGCCGUGGACCGGCCACGACAUGAAGGAUAGCUGCACCCCCCGUUCAAAUAACAAUAACAACAACAAUAACAACAACAACGAGGGUAGCGAGAAAGCGAAGAGGGAUGUGAAUUACGUGGAGGACGAAGCGGAUAGUAAAUUGAAGUUGGCCAAAUUGAGUGAUUUGAACGACACCAAUGUUGGUUCGUCUCAAUGGUUGCAAGUAGGGAUAGGCUCUACUGCAACUGAAGCUGCUGCAGCCGCCGCCGCUGGAGAUGCUUAAUUAUAAUUAACCGAAGCUAAAAUUUUGUAUAUUUUUGUAUUCACACUGUAUUUCUUAUUAUUUUGGGAGCUUCGAAAUCUAACCCUAUUCUUUUGAUAUCGUCA